CUUUUCCACCUAUUUCAUCCAUAUCACUCCACCCGCAGCACCACCAUUGACCGCGCACAAGUCAUCGCUAUCACCUGAAUUAGACUAUUUUUCUUACUUAGACCAAGACCAUCAUGCUUCAAUCACGCUGGGCCACGGCCGCCGAGCCCGCAUCGGAACCACAACAGGCAGAACAACAAUCGCCCCCAAAGCCUACCAGCGACGACGCCACAGCACCCGCAUCCACUCCCGCGCCUUCAGACCAUCCAGCUGCGCAAGCAGCAGCGAAGCCACAAACCACUGCAAGCAGCGACAACGCCACCGAUGCCUUCAGCACAGACCCGAUGGCCGACGAGUUUGCGCAAACGCGCGAGGACGACGACCUCUUCGACGACGACUUCACGCCUGUGGUUGCCGAUCCCGUCGUCGAGGUGACGUCGGUGCCGGCGCCGGAGCCGCAGUCGCGGCCACAACAACAACAACAACAACAACAACAACAACAACAUGCCCCGCCGCCGCAGCAGCAGGCGCAGCAGCAGCAGAAGGCUGCGUCGCCUCCGAGGGGGCCGGCGGCUGCGACGGCGCGGGGAGGUGGAGCUGGGCGCGGUGGACGGGGUGGACGUGGUGGUGCUGGCGCAAGGGGAAGGGGCGGCUUGAUGGGGUCGCAGUAUGCGAGCGCGCCGGCGGCGGAGAAGAAGGAAGAGAGCGGGGAGGCUGGGGUGGCUGAGGGUGAGAAGAAGAUCCCCACGGGACCGAAGAAGGAGGGCUCUGUGAGGGGAGAUCGCAGCGGGACGGGCGGGAUCAAGAAGGCCAAACUCAGCGAAGCCGAACUCGCCGAGCGCAUGUCCGCCAUCAAGCUCAAAAACGAGCGUCUCACGAACGCGCACGCCCGCGCCGAAGCCGACCUCGCGCAGUACGAAGCGCGCGAAGCCGAGGCCGCAGCGCAAGCGGCCGCGCGCCGCAAGGUCGAGCGCCAGAACCGGCAGCAGAUGAUGGGCGAGCGGGAGCGCAACCGGCAGCGCAAGCUCAACGCCGUGCAGGGCCGCGAGUGGGACGCAGCGAAGGAGGAGGACUUUGCGGGCCCGGAGCGCGGCGGGGGGAGGGCGCGGCGAGGCGCGCACGGCGGUAUUGUCGGACCCCGCGAGCACCAACAACAACGGAGCGAGAGCGUGGGUGCGCCGUUUGGGGAGGACUGGGCCGAGGAUUCGGCGGCGUCGCAUGAGGGUGCGGGCUCGCGGCGCGGUGGUGGCCGGGGCGGGAGAGGUGGAAGAGGCGGGCGCGGCGGUGCUGGUGCUGGCGCUGGUGGCCGGAACAGCCAUCACAACCAGCACCAAGCGCCCCCCACAGAAACAGACUUCCCGGCGCUGCCCGGCGCUACCGCAACCGCAGCCAAGGCCUCUCCAUCGGCAUCUUCUGCUCCCGUCUCUGCUCCCGCUCCCACUCCCGCGGCAGAGUCGUUCGCGAGCAAGGCCGGCGGCGACGGCAGCGGCGAUGGUUCUGCAGAGAAGAAACAAGAGGCUGGGAAUGUGGGCGCUGAGACUAAGGCACCGGCGAAGGAGGAGCCGAAGAAGGACGACGAUGAGGAGCGUAGACCCUCGCCGCCGCCGAGGAUGGAGAGUUUUGGCUUCUCGGUUGGGGGCGAGAUGGGGUCGUGGGCGGAUGAGGUGGAUGAUUCGUAGGUGUAGGAGGGGUUGUUUUUUUAUUUGCUGUGUUGUGCUGUUAGGGGAGGGUAUGUAUGGUUGGUGGUUUGAGGAUGAGCGGAUUAGGGUGGAUUCUUUGGUUGAUCCGGGGGUUUGUUGUUGUUUGUUGUUUGUUUAUUCUCGUUUAUUCGUUGGUUGGAUUUGUGUUGUUGUAUUCGAAUUGCGCGUUUUUGGAUCGGCCACGCAUAUGUACUCGCGCGCGUACAUCAUUAUCAUCAUACAGGCAUGGCGGGAAGAAGAAAGAAGACAUACAGAAGGAAAGAAAAGACAAGAACCAAGAAAGACAGAAUUGGGUUGGGUUGACUUGCUUUGGCAUGGUUUGGCAUGGUUUGGCAUGGUUUGGCAUGGCAUAGGUAGCAUAGCAUAGCAUCGUAGCUUGAUACGAUAGGUACGGCAUGAUACGGCUUUGCACGGCAUGAAUGAUAUGGAAUGGAAUGGAAUGGUAUGGACU